ACAUGGACGCGCCUUCCUUCCACGGUCUUUGCUUCUCUUCAUCACAUGACAGAAUUGCUAAAAAAAUCCCAAUCGCAUUCGUGUUCGUCGCCGUCGUUCAUCUCGUUCGCAUUAAACUUUCCGUGCUACGGCUGAACUUGAGCAGUGUUCAUUUAGUAGCAGCAGCAGCGUAUAUAGCUCAUCGGUAGCAGCAGCAGCAAAAGCUAUACGGCGAAGGAGCAACGAUGUCGACGAUGUACAACAAGACCCUGUCGGCCCACCAGGCCCACAAGGAACACGUUCUGGCCGUUUCCCGUGAUUUCAUCUCCCAGCCACGAUUGAUCUAUAAAACUGUGUCCGGUGUAAACGGACCGCUGGUCAUUUUGGAUGAGGUGAAGUUCCCGAAGUUCGCCGAGAUCGUGCAGCUGCGACUUAGCGAUGGCACGGUCCGUUCGGGACAGGUGCUGGAAGUGAGCGGCUCGAAGGCCGUCGUCCAGGUGUUCGAAGGUACGUCCGGUAUCGAUGCGAAGAACACGGUGUGCGAGUUCACCGGCGACAUUCUGCGUACGCCUGUGUCCGAGGACAUGUUGGGCCGUGUGUUCAACGGUUCCGGCAAGCCCAUCGACAAGGGUCCGCCAAUUUUGGCCGAAGAUUUCCUCGACAUUCAGGGUCAACCCAUCAACCCGUGGUCGCGUAUCUACCCGGAGGAAAUGAUCCAGACCGGUAUCUCAGCCAUCGAUGUGAUGAACUCGAUCGCCCGUGGUCAGAAGAUUCCGAUCUUCUCGGCAGCCGGUCUGCCGCACAAUGAAAUCGCCGCCCAGAUUUGUCGUCAGGCUGGUCUGGUGAAGCAAACGGGUAAGUCGGUGCUGGAUGAGCACGAGGACAACUUCGCCAUCGUGUUCGCCGCCAUGGGUGUGAACAUGGAGACGGCCCGUUUCUUCAAGCAGGAUUUCGAAGAGAACGGUUCGAUGGAGAACGUGUGUCUGUUCUUGAACUUGGCCAACGAUCCAACCAUCGAGCGUAUCAUUACGCCGCGUCUGGCCCUUACCGCGGCCGAAUUCUUGGCGUACCAGUGCGAGAAGCACGUGCUCGUCAUCCUUACCGACAUGUCGUCGUACGCCGAAGCUUUGCGUGAGGUGUCCGCUGCCCGUGAGGAAGUGCCCGGACGUCGUGGUUUCCCCGGUUACAUGUACACCGAUUUGGCCACCAUCUACGAGCGUGCCGGACGUGUCGAGGGACGCAACGGUUCGAUCACGCAGAUUCCGAUCUUGACUAUGCCGAACGACGACAUCACCCAUCCGAUUCCCGAUUUGACCGGUUACAUUACCGAGGGUCAGAUCUACGUCGACCGUCAGCUGCAUAACCGUCAGAUCUACCCGCCAGUGAACGUGCUGCCGUCGCUGUCUCGUCUGAUGAAGUCCGCCAUCGGUGAGGGCAUGACGCGCAAGGAUCACUCCGAUGUGUCCAACCAGCUGUACGCCUGUUACGCCAUCGGUAAGGACGUGCAGGCCAUGAAGGCUGUCGUCGGUGAGGAGGCCCUUACGCCCGACGAUCUGCUGUACCUGGAGUUCCUGACCAAGUUCGAGAAGAACUUCAUCUCGCAGGGUAACUACGAGAACCGUACCGUGUUCGAGUCGCUCGACAUCGGCUGGCAGCUGCUGCGUAUCUUCCCGAAGGAGAUGCUCAAGCGUAUUCCGGCUUCGAUUUUGGCCGAGUUCUACCCACGAGACUCGCGCCACUAAGCGCGCAUACUUUCCAAUUCUCUCUCUCUCUCUCUCCGUUCGUAUUGUUGUUCAUUGACGGUAGAUAAUAGGGCAGUGCGAUUGUGUUUCGGACGGUUGGUACCGCUUCCGCUUUGUUUCUCCUAUCGCUAGAAGCAAAUGGUAUUUGUAAAUGGGUGGUACGGUACACACGAUAAACCACGUAUAAUGCAUUCCUUUCGAAUCCACAAUCAAAUGGAUCUAUUUUAUUUUGUUUGUUUUGCACCGUAAUUGGGUGACGUUUAUGGUGCAAAGGACUUCCUAAACUAUACGUGCAGGCACGGUGUCCAUAUUUGUGUGUGUGUGUCUAUAGCUACCGGUCGUGUUUUGAACGUUUGCUUCCAUCAGCUAGCAAACAAAACGACACGAGAUAAUACUUUGACUGCCAUCUUAACAGCAAACGAUGAUUUAAAGCAAGUUUUACCCCGGCUCAAGCAAUGACAGUGUGCUGCCCUUUUAGUAGGAUGAUCGUGCGUGCAGAAGAUACGAGCAUUGAGAUGGUUACUUCGUACAAAAAAAAAAAAAGGAAUCCAAACCAAGCCAACAAAGGGAAAACUAACAUCAACAUAAACGACGACGACAACGACGAAAGAAGCCAAGAGUCGCACAAACCGCGAAGAAACCCAACGCUCGUGUCGUCCUUGGACGGUAUGCGAAGCUCGUAAACAGCAUCCGGACUGCGCAUAGCUCCAACGAAUGCACGCACCGCAACGGAGUCUACAACAUCGCUCUAACAUCAGGAAGAGAACAUCCUUCCUUUCCGUGGGGUCACUCGACCAAAAUGGGCAGAUUUCCCACCUGUCGGCUACUGGGCCAAAGACUUGCUUAAACUCAUCGUAAACCCGAAUGGCAGAAUUGAGAAGAUGAAAGCAACUGCCCAAAACAUUGACCGGCGAGCUAAGAGGUGAUCGUGAAUCGUUCCAUCUUGAGCACGAGCGGGGUAUAAUUGAAAAGAAAAAAGAAGGCACGCAACGCAAUACUCUAACAACACACAAACACUUUGUUAAAUGCAUAUAAUCAUAUACAUAUAUAUAUAUACACACAUAAAGAGCUUUGAUGCUAAUUAUUCUUGUUUCGUUAGUAUGUUAGGAGAGGAGAACUCGAAGGAGCACCCUUGGUACGCUUUCGGGCGGACCGGGCUCCACCAAGACUCCACCACGUUUUAUUAAUCACCCUUCUUCGUUAGUUUCGCAUUAAGAGCAUAGCUAAGGCGUUUCCUUUUUACAUAUUUCUUCGUAUACAUUUUUAACCGUUUUGUAAGGAAUGUUUCGUAUAUUGAUAGUAGUUGUUUUGUUUCAAUGGUUUUUCUUUUGCCUGCUACGGCAAACUCAAAAGUGUGCUCCACAUACUUGCACCUGAUUGUGAGAACCGUUUGUUCGCUUGAUGAAAAACGAAGGGCCAAGUGUGUUGGAGGGCGACGGCUAUUUGCCUAAAAUUGGUGUGCAGUGGGCACGAUAGGAUUGAAAGCAUACAUACGCGCACUUGGCAAUCCCUUUCACUGUACCGUAACGUUUCCUCCCGGUCACUCUGGGCAUGCCAUCUAAAGCCAUCGUACGCAAUUAAAUCCCCUUUUAAAUAGACCACGUUUUUGCGAGAGUGACGGGUUUUUGGUGGACAAAAAAAAUGGUUGCACUGUGAAAGCGACACCCUUUAAGAUCUUAUUGUCCGGUGUGCGUGUGUGUAUUUCCUGUACUGCUUUUACACCAGCGAUCCAAUCGAGCAAAUGCCCACCGCCUUUGGUUCUAUCAACAACGGACAGCAACCGCUUUGUUGCGCCAUCGUUAUCGAUUCAGCGGCCAUUUCGGUGUCUUCAAUCGUCAAGCGUGGAAGUGGUGCUUGCUUGAGUGAGCGUACGCAAUGUUACUUAUGUUAUACUGUCCAUAAGAUAAGGCUCUACCUGAAGCUGAAAAGCUUGUACACGAUCCGUACGUUUUACGAUGUAUCAUCCCCGGCCGGUUUCUCCUUCCGGGAGCAACAAUCUUAGAAUGCGGCACCAUCAUCAUUAACCGGCCAAAAGCCGCCGCGGAAGAUGAUAUUUAGCUUUGCAGGUGCGCGCUGCAUGUAGAAUAAUUCUGCACCGGUAGUGGAUUUCCAGCUUUUCUUCCGUACCGGGUGCAUUCUGUAGAUGGGUUUACAGCGUAUUAGCAGAACGAUUGCCGCACCUUCACAACCGCGGCAUCAUCUACAGAAGGGUUGGAGGAGAGAAAUGGUGGAAAAGUUAGCGUAAAUUUAAACAAACAAUAUUAUUGCUGUAUAAUUACUACUGCACACGAUCAAAUGCAACAAAUGAAAGUGAAACAGAAAACAAAACACACACAUACACACAGCAAAUAGAGCUGUACAGUUGCGAGGGCGCCAUUAGGCGGAAGUGCAGAUGUUUUAAGUGUGCAGAUAUAUGUCAUCCUGUAUUAGGUCCAUCGUUGAGAAUGAUAAGAAUAAAGUGUAAAAUCGAUAAA